AUGGAUUUUAAGUUAUCAACUUCUACUUAUCCUUUCUUUUUCUUUUUUUUGGUUAAUCUAUUUUUUCAGGUGACACCACAAGAUUUGGAGGAUACAUUUCAGCCACCAUUUAAAAGCUGCGUAGAAGAGGGGCAUGUGAGCAGUGUAAUGUGUUCAUACAACAGGGUGAAUGGAAUUCCUACUUGUGCUGAUCCAAAUCUUCUUAAAGGAGUAAUCAGAGACAAAUGGGGUCUAGAUGGAUACAUUGCUUCAGAUUGUGAUUCUAUCGAGGUUUAUUACGAUUCAAUAAAUUACACUGCUACACCGGAGGAUGCUGUUGCUCUUGCCCUCAAAGCAGGUUUGAAUAUGAAUUGUGGAGAUUUUCUAGGCAGGUACACAGAGAAUGCAGUGAAAUUAAACAAGGUGGAUGAAUCAACUGUAGAUCAGGCCCUAAUAUACAACUACAUAGUACUAAUGAGACUUGGCUUCUUUGAUGGAGACCCCAAAAUGCUUCCAUUUGGAAAAUUAGGACCGUCUGAUGUAUGCACAGAAGAUCACAAAAUGUUGGGAGUUGAAGCAGCAAAGCAGGGAAUAGUAUUGCUAGAAAACAAUGGGAUUCUGCCUUUGUCCAAAAAUGACACAAAAAAUUUAGCUGUUAUAGGUCCCAAUGCCAAUGUCACCUCGACCAUGUUAAGUAUCUAUGCUGGCGUACCAUGUCAAUAUACUACUCCUUUACAAGGAUUACAAAAUUACGUGCCAUCUUUCAGAUACGAGCCAGGAUGCUCUGAUGUGGGCUGCAAUGAUGACAGCCAAAUCGAGGCUGCAGCUAAUGCGGCAGCUGCAUCUGAUGUGGUGAUAAUCGUGGUGGGGCUUGACCAGUCCAUUGAAAGAGAAGGGCUCGAUAGGGUAAAUUUGACCUUGCCAGGAUUUCAAGAGAAGCUUGUAAAUGAAGUUGCUAACUCAACAAACGGAUCUGUGAUCCUCGUUGUCAUGUCAGCUAGUCCAGUCGAUAUUUCCUUCGCAAAGAAAAAUAGUAAAAUUGGGGCGAUUCUGUGGGUGGGCUAUCCUGGUCAAGAUGGAGGUUCUGCCAUAGCUCAAAUCCUAUUCGGAGACUAUAAUCCAGGUGGGAGGUCUCCUUUUACUUGGUACCCACAGGAAUAUGUAGAUAAAGUGCCAAUGACUGACAUGAAUAUGAGGCCUAAUGCUUCAAAAAACUUUCCUGGAAGAACCUACAGAUUCUACAAUGGAAAAGCCAUCUAUGAAUUUGGCCAUGGCCUAAGUUACACAACAUUUUCCAGGUUUGUAAUAUCUGCACCUUCCUCCAUCCUUAUCAAGAAAAAAUCCACUACUAAUCCAAGUAACAUUCUCUCUUCAAACUUCGACUCUCAACCAAAUGGACAAGCCAUUGAUGUCACAUCAGUGAACUGCCAGAACUUACAAUUCCAGGUAGUUAUCGGGGUGAAAAAUGAUGGAAACUUUGAUGGGUCCCACGUUGUGCUAAUGUUCUGGAAGCCGGGAAACACAUCAGUCGUGACCGGAGCACCCAAUAAACAGUUGGUGGGAUUUGAUAGAGUGGAGGUGAAGAGAAAGAAAAGUAAGACUGUUACAUUAAAGCUGGAUGUUUGCAAGGAUUUGAGCAUUGCUGAUCCAAAUGGGAAGAGAAAAUUGAUCACUGGUCAGCAUACAUUUGUGGUUGGUUCUUCGAGUGAACGCCAAGUAAAGCACAAUUUCAAUAUUGGGGUGGCAAAAAGUAGUGAAGAAGGAGGUUUUAUGCCCAACCAGUCAAAAGCAGCGGGUUGUAUCCACUUAAUUGCAGCUAUAAAUAUUGACUUGAUGAAUUUUUACUUCAAAUUCGUAAAUCAUAAUUCAUUUCAAAAGAUUAAAGAUUUUCAAACAAAUGGAAGGCUUGAUCCCGUAUCUCCUCCACGCCAUCAAGAAGCAGAGGCCGCAACAUCCAUAUCGGUGCCUCUCCGACAGCUCCACCAGAAGCUACCACCUCCUGCACGACGGAGAUAAGUCCACUGAGGGCGGUUCCUCCCACAAGAGAACGCGAUCGGAAUUUCAGGUGCCGGCGGAAGUGGCGACUUUGGACAACUUGUUCUAUACAAAAAGCUGCUUCAGAGCUUCCAUGGUGUCUGCUUCAGAAGCUAAUAACGGCUUGAGACAUAGGGGUUUCGCUUCAACCACUAAUUACCAAUUAAGUUGAUGAAAUAUAUUCAUAAAAAGUUGGGAAUUAAAUAUUAUUCUUUUAUGUAAAAUGAAGUUAUAUAGAAAUGAUAGUUUGGUGUGAUUAAGUGUAACGAAAAACAAUCGUUUACACUUAUUGGAAAAGUGUAAAUUUAAUUUAUUUGAGCUAUAUUUCAAUAUUUUUAUUUAA